UAAGUAUGUUUGUAUGUAUGUUAUGUGUUUAAAACGAGCAUAAAUACAAAUGCUGAGCUUGGGCAAUCCAUGCCAGUCAACCACAAUAAAAGCUAAAAACAAUGCUUAACAUUUUCCAAGUCAAAGAUGCAAACAGCAUCAAGCUGGAAGCUGUGGACCUUCAACUCGCGAUGGAGCAAUCAAAUUGGGAACAGGCACAAAACAGCACAGAGCAGCAACAGGACGGGAUUUUCGCGUGGGGAAUGACAAAGAAGCAGCUCAAAACGAGCUCUGAGGUAACAGAGUUUACGUCGGUUUUCGAUGUGGAUCCGAAUAUUCGAAAAGCCAAAUUCUCGCAGCGACCGGAGAAAAGAAAACCACAAGGCAAAAUGGAAAAGGAUAAAAAGGAAACGAGGGUGCCAGAAGUAUUUCGAUAUUUUGGCAGUAUUCAAAGAGUAAAGGAGCCGAGAGCGAAACCAGGUGCAAUUAUCGCCACCUGCAACGCGUGCGGCACACGCAUCAGAGGCUUCCUCACAGUCACCUCCAACUUCAUCAAACAUUUGCGUGUGAAGCAUGUGAAAAUUCACGCUGCCUUCAUUGGCUCGAAGUACGCCAUAGAAGAGGCCGCAACGGAGGAGGAGCAAAGCGAUUCGUUUGAGCAGCGCGUCAUGUGCUAUAUAAUAGAUAAUGCCCUGCCCCUGGCAACUGUGGAGUCUCCCAGUUUCCUCAAUCUCUUCAAGAAUACCAAUUUACGUGUGAUGAAUCAGGCGAGACUGAAGAGUCGCUUGGAUGAGCGCUUUCUGCAAAUGUCUAACAGUAUUAAACAGCUGCUGGAGAGCCAGAAAUACGUUUGCAUUACGACAAACAUCCGCUCAAAUAGCAGCGAGUACAACUAUUUCGUUUAUAGUUGUCAUUGGCUGGACGAGAAGUUUCAGAGGCAUUCAGCUGCCCUGGCCUGCAGGCGUUUCUCUGGGGAUUACGCUCAGGUAUUGGAGACGAUACGCAAAAUUAACAAUGUGUACGGAUUUAAUAAUCUAAAAAUUGUGGGAUCUAUCACAAAUAAUGAUAGAAAUUACUCAAAAGCCUUUCAAGAAUUCGGCAUAGAUUUGAAAAAGGAAAUAAAUACAGAAGACCAUACCAAUGUCGAUGACCUAAAGGAACUCAUCUGCGAGGCCUUACCAAAUCGAAUGGAAUGUGCAAGCGAAAUACUAAAUAUUGUAGCCUCUACUGAUUUCUUGAAAUUGCUGUCCAAGGAUAAGAACCUAAAGGAACGACACUUGAAGAUCAUGGCCAAAUGUAGUGCACUGUGGCGCAAAUGCUUUUGCUCCCCAUCGGCUCAGAUCAUUGCCGCCCUCUUGGGUGAGGCUUUAGUGUGUCCCGCUAGAAAUCGUUGGUUUUCCAUAUACGAUAGCAUUUGCUGCAUUCUGUUGCACAAGGAUAAACUUGGCGAGCUUUGCAGUCGGCUGGCUUUGCAUAACUCCUGUUUCUCUGCCAGUGAUUUGCAAUAUCUCGAGGAAUAUCGCAUCCUAAUGUCACCCAUAGCAACGACAGUCGAGUUUUUGCGCAUGGAGAGCAACUUAUAUUAUGGCUGUCUAAUUCCCGCCUUGACUUCGCUUUGCGUUAAACUGAAGAGAGUCUCAGAUGUCUUGGAACUGAUCGACCUGAAGAAUUUGGCCUUUGAGCUACAAGUGGAACUGAAGCAGCGAUUCUCCAACUAUAUUCAGCUGGCUGCAGAGGCAAAUCAUGCAAUUAUUGCAUCUGUUCUGUGUCCUGGCAUCAAAAUGCGUUGGCUUAAUGUCUUGGCCAAGCUUUCGGCCCAUGAACAGCGCAGCGCGAGGGAAAUACAAGAAAUGGUAAUUGCAGAAGCUGUGCGGCAUGCGAAGGCUACAGAGAAUGUUGGCCAAAGUGCUGCCAUGGAAUCGGCUUAUACAACGGGCAAGGAUGACUUCUAUGAAUUCGAUGAAAUGGAUGAUGCGUGUGAGACAAGUGAUUUGGAUAUGUCGCAGCCCUCGCCUCUGCCAGCUGCCACGAAAUUAAUAGAGGAUGCCGAAGCACAGCUUCUGGACUAUCUAAAAGAUCCAUGCACCUCAUUCGAGACGCUGGCCAAGUAUCCUCUAUUGCAACCCCUGGCACUCAAAUAUAACACGCCCCUAACAUCGGCAAAUGAAGGAGGACUAACACAAUCGCAUAUUAACAGAAAUGAUCAAAUAACGGAUCUAGCCGAUUAUUCAGUAGAAAAACUUAUCUUACUAAAGGCAAAUUAUAAUAAUAAUUAUUAA